AUGUUUUACGUAUUUUACGUGAAUAAGGGGUAUAUGCAGCCUCUAGAAGUAACGGCGGCAUUGGGCACUGUUCGUAAACUGCAAUCUGCUAUCGAAGAAACAACGCACGUCCCGAUUGCGGAGCAGGUGGUCACUUCUUUUUAUCAUCCAUUUACAUCUUCUGAAUGGAUAGAAUUACAGAAAACAAUUGAAAAAAAAGCAAACGUUUUGUUGGUUUCCGGUGGUGAUGGUCUUCAGUCGGAUCGUCCGGUUGCUCAUUAUCAAGGAGCCGGCACGGAUUCAAAUCCAGUUUUUCUCUUUUGUAAACUUUCAAAAGACGAAAAUCAAGAAGCGUUGAUUCCUCAAGAAAAUGCUGAAUUGAAUGAAAAAAGCGCGGGAUUAUUGAAGCAGUUACGAUCAUUUGAAAGUAUUUCAAUCUCGAGUGCCGUUUUGGAAUGUUACGGUGACACAGUUCAACGCAGCAGUGAAGUGGCCGAUUGUGCAAUGCAAUUGUGUGCACGACUCGUGCAAGAUCAUCAGUUGCUUUAUCAAGGAUGGUUAGCGUUGGUGUCAAAUUUGGACGAUUCGCGUGCACAAAUCGAGCGACGAGCUGAGAAAUUUUACGCACAUUACGAGCGUUUAAAAGCAAUGAAAGAUAAAGCUCAAGCGAUAUUGCAAGAAUUUGAUGCUGUCUUUGAGACAUUACAUAAGAUAACCAUUCCUUCGGCGUUGUUGGUAAAUUCGACGAAAUUUGAGGGUGGCAAUAAACCGAAUGAUGAGUGCACUCUGUACGAAUACAUAUCUUGUGCUGAUCCACAGAGUUCACUGAAAGAUAUCGUUGAUCAAGUGCAGUUACACUUAGAUAAAAUUGAUGAUCGUGAACAUACAUGUGUGGUAACGCUUCUGAAGCAGGUCUCUGAGCAGACCAACAAACAAGAGGUGCGUGAUAUACGUGGUAUCAAUUCGCGAUUGAUCCAGCUCGAUACGCAUCUUCGUUCAUUAGAAAUCCAAGAGAAGAGAUUGAAAGAACUUUGUACAGUGGUUGCUCAAAGUGUCGCUGCACAUGACUCGUCGCAUAUGAAGGAGCAAAUAGAAGAGGUGAAGAGAAUAGUUGAGCAAUUCCAAAAAAUGGCGAAAUUGUUUUCACAGUCCAAAAUUGAGCUGCUCAACAAUAUCAGAACGCGUCUUUCAGGAUGGAUUUUACAGGCGUACGAUCGACUGCAUAACGUCAAUUAUAAAAUAAUUGUAUUUGAAGCAAAAUUUUUUGAAUUACGGAAUCGUUUGGAUAUAAUAAGACAAGUGAAAGAAUCACCGACAAUGUAUGUGACGGCAAUAACAGAGGCCAUUCGACGGAGCACAUUGCAUCCGGAAUUUCAUUCGUGGUUCACGUCGUUCUCUGAGAAGAGUGGUGAGUUGAUACGUGAAGAGUGCUCGAUACGUGAGACAUUCAACUCUAAACUGAAUCGGCACUUCUUGAAACAACUCUUUCCAGGGAUGUUUGAUCAGUUCCCGAAUUUCAUACCUACUGAAUUGCCUCCUUUCGACCAGAAUCUACCUCCUGUUGAUUUCUCACAUUUGAGAGCUUUAAGACAAAGUGUCCCAAACUUGGCGCACUUAUUGAAAGUGAGCGAACCGGCAAUCUAUCAACGCUUAUCGGUUCGGGAUCCACGAGCCGUAUCCGUGAUCCAUCCGCAAACAGAAGCAACCGCCUCUGGAGGAGCACCAAUGCGACGUGAAGAAUCAUUUUUCACUUCAGAUGCCACCAUCAAUAUCACCACACUAAAUAAAAACUUCCCGUCUACGAAUUGGUUGAGCGGUGAUGAGAAUAUGGAUAUAUCGCCGUCAAAUGCAGUACGCUUAACGAAGUCACCUCCAACGUUUAGUUCAACUUUGAGUUUGGAUAAUGCUGAUGCAACGGUAUCAUCUUCAAAACCACUCAGUCCACUGACUCAACUUUUUGAUGCUUCACAACAGGAAUGUGACACAUUAACUGCCUCAUCCAGCGCAGGCGUCAGUCAGUCGGUCAAAAGUGCUCCGAUUCGUAUUCCACAUCGUGACGAUUCCAACCGUCAGCAAUUUGAAAUGGAUCGACGAUCAAAUCAAAUGACGUUGAGUGAUACAGUGGAACACUUGAAGCCGAUUUUAAACGGAUUACAGUCAAUUUCGGAUCAUUCGAUGAUGACAGGGACGUGCUCUGUUGUUAUUAUCAUUGUUAUUAUUCAGGCUAUGAAAACGACCAAGGAAAUGAUUGCUGAUGAUAGACUGAAUAUGGAGAAGGAAAUAAAUAAAGCAAAUGAUUGUGUUGUUAAAAUGAUGGAAGAAUUGGAGCGUUCACGUCGAUCAGCGCUUGAAAAGCAAAUUGAAGAAACUCGAAAGACAGCGAUCGCCGAAACAACGGCUCAUUUCGAGAGGAUUAUCGAAGAAUUAAAGGCAAAAUUAGAGGACGGUAUGAGGCGUGAUCGUGAAUUGGUUGAUUUGAAAGAGGUUCUAGAAGAUCAACAAGCUGAAAUUAAUGCGCUUCGAACGGAGAACGAGAAGAAUCAAGAAGCGAUUGCAAAAUCGGAGAAUGAGAAAUCGGAAUUAAUAAAACGUGCUGUGGUGGAUCAUGAACUGGAGAAGAUGCGCAUUGAAACGGAGUAUUGCGACGAAAUCAAGGUAAGUGAUAAGAUCCGGUAUCAAAAAGACAAAGAAAUUGAAGCGUUGCGUCAUUCACUGCAUAAAGCUCGUGAGGCACGUGCACAUAUGCAGCAGUCUGAAUCUGAAGACAUCUUGAAGAAUGACGAAAUUCGUGCUCUCUUCGAGAAGGAAUAUAAAGCUAAAAUGCAUUUGAUUGCGUUGGGUAUGGAAGAGAAGAAAUCGGAGGAGAUAACACGGAUCAAAAAAGAAGCAGAAUAUGAUUGGCGUUUAAAAUCGCAAAAAUAUGAGGAAAGAAUAAAAGAAUUGGAACAACGUAUGUUAAGAAAAGUGGAUGAAGCAUCGCGUCAAGCAAUUGAGCGGGAGGAACGUGCAGGAGCUGAUGAGAUAUCACAAGAGACAUGUUCGUCAUUGAAUAAUCCAAAUGCGAGUAUGGUACUGCAAGAUAGCAUGAUGCCGCUUACAGAAUCUGCAAUUAUGAUUGGGGGAGGAGAGGGCGCAGCCGGGCCAUCGCAUUCGAGGGACACGAGCGAGAGUGGUGAAGCGACGAAGGAUGUGGCUUCGCGAGGUGCCGACAGAUCGGAUGAUGAUGAUAAGGAUUCAGAUGAAGAUAUAGCUGCCGUAAAUGUGCAUUCGGCAGCGACGCAAACACGGAUUCGUUUAAAAGACAUGCGAGUGAUGAUUACAAUUCAAGACAUUCAUGAAGCAUGUGCUGUGCUAGUGGUCUGGAGUGAUGUGCACAAUUCAUACAUUUUAUUCUGCACUUCACCAGUAAUGCACUUCGUCAAAGAGAGUUGCCUGAGGCGUAUGGGCGUUCGACCUGAACCACAAAUUCCAUCUCGUCGUCCCAAUUGGCUUCUUGCAACCACUACACGACUCGAGUUUUGUCAAAUGCGUAAAGCUGGUAAUAGGUACAGCUUAGCAGUUGGUACGAGAUUCUAUCGUGUUGAAGUGGAGCCUUUACCACUUGAUUCAUCGAGUCUGCGUCGACGACGUUCUGACGACCGUACUCGUGGUGGACAUUAUGAAAGCGCAUCGAAUAAUGAUCGUAUUAACCAUGUAUAAUCAACCCGGAAACAUAUCUAUCUGUUCACGGCCGCCUCUGUUGCUGCUGAUGCUGCUGCUUCUGUUUCAACGAAUGCUAUGCAAGAUGCGUUAUUCUUCUAUUGA